UCAUCUAGUAUGAGAGUCCGAACACGUUGCCACCGUUCCUUGACGCGUUCAAACUUAGGCUGGCCAAGAAAUUUACCCCCAAGCUUCUUUGCGUCUUCUAGACCAAGUCCAAUUCCCGCCCAUGAAUGCACGGUGGUUCCGCCAAUGUUAACUGAUGCUAUUCCCGUCGAAGCUGUUAUAGCAAGGCCUUGA